AUGAGCGAGGCGGAGGUGGCAGCGGUGGCGACAGCGGCCCCCGCGGCGACUGUGCCUGCGACGGUGCCCGCGACGGCGGCAGGGGUGGUAGCGGUGGUAGUACCGGUGCCUGCAGGGGAGCCGCAGAAACCAGGCAGCGGGGCGGGCGGCGGCGGGGGCGGAGCCGCCUCGGGCCCCGCUGCUGGGACCCCCUCAGCGCCAGGCCCCCGCAACCCUGGCAACCCGGCGACGGCAGCCUCGGGGACCCCCGCACCCCCGGCCCGGAGUCAGGCGGACAAGCCGGUGCUGGCAAUCCAAGUCCUGGGCACUGUCAAAUGGUUCAACGUCCGGAAUGGUUACGGAUUCAUCAACAGGAAUGACACCAAGGAGGAUGUCUUUGUUCACCAGACAGCUAUUAAAAGAAACAACCCCAGGAAAUUUCUGCGCAGCGUUGGAGAUGGGGAGACUGUGGAGUUUGAUGUCGUGGAAGGAGAGAAGGGCGCAGAAGCUGCCAAUGUAACGGGCCCGGGGGGGGUGCCAGUGAAGGGCAGCCGCUAUGCCCCCAACCGACGCAGGUUCCGCCGAUUCAUCCCCCGGCCUCGCCCAGCUGCCCCACCACCCAUGGUGGCAGAGGCUCCCUCAGGGGGGACAGAACCUGGAAGUGAAGGGGAGCGGGCUGAAGACUCUGGGCAGCGGCCCAGACGACGGCGCCCACCACCCUUCUUCUACCGAAGGCGGUUUGUGCGAGGCCCUCGGCCCCCCAACCAGCAGCAGUCUGUAGAGGGCACUGAUGGGGUAGAACCCAAAGAGACAGCCCCACUGGAGGGGGACCAACAGCAGGGAGAUGAACGAGUCCCCCCACCCAGAUUCCGGCCCAGGUACCGAAGGCCUUUCCGCCCCAGGCCACCCCAGCAGCCAACCACAGAAGGUGGGGAUGGCGAGACCAAGCCCAGCCAAGGCCCUACUGAUGGUUCCCGGCCUGAGCCCCAGCGCCCACGAAACCGUCCUUACUUCCAGAGGCGACGGCAGCAGCCCCCUGGCCCCCGGCAGCCCACAGUCCCGGAGACCUCAGCCCCCAUCAACAGUGGGGACCCCACCACCACCAUGCUGGAGUGAUUCCAACUCAAAGGACACCCAGAGCUACCAUCUGGUAUCUGCCAGUUUUUCCAACUGACCUGUACCCUACCCAGCACCCCCUCCCCCGUUUCCCAUAAUUCAUGACAUCAGAACACCAGCUUUUCCCCUUUUCCUUGAGACUCAGGAGCGCCAAAGCAACAGCCUUUUUGCUUUUUUUUUUUUUUUUCCACUUUCUGUCAAGGGUUGAAGGAAGGGAUCCAUCCUUCUUGUUCAGAGGCACCAGCUCCCUCCCCUAGAUCAGGCUGCGAAGGAACCAGCCAGCUCUUACCUCCUCCUGGUUGUUUUUCUUUCCCACCCCAGUUUAUUUUUUGUUUCCCUUCCACCUACCUCUGAAGCCAUUUUAUGAACUGUCACAUGCCACCUGAGCCUCCAGUAAAAACAAAAACAGGCUUUCCUGUU